AUGCUCAAAGAACAUCAGGCUCGACUACGGCCUGUUCUGGACCGGUUCAAGGAAACCAACGACUUGCCCGGUCUGACGAGUCUCUACCGCUCUGUUCGAGCACUACAGCCAUCCCCAAUGCACGAGGGGAUCUAUGCAUACUUCAUCAACGCAUUCUUAAGUUUCUGGCGAUCGCAAGAUAUGGCACUGCGGGUAUGGGAAGAUAUGAUAAUGGGCGGGAUCACGCCCACCGCCAAAAGCUGGAACGCGCUCCUCCGAUACGGCCACGGCCGCGACCGUACUGCCCUCCUAGCCAUCUGGAAGCGAAUGGUUCUCACCGGAGUCGUCCCAGACGUGUACUGCUGGACAACGCGGAUCCACCUCCAAAUGCUCGCAGACGAGGUCCAAGACGGCCUUGAAUCAUUUGAGCAAAUGAUUGAAGCAGGCGUCAAACCCACCAUCGAAACAAUAAACGCGGCCAUGGACGGUCUCCUCAGCUUCAAUCGCUUCGACGAGAUCGACCAUGUCGUCUCCAUGGCCGACCACCUCGGCGUCCCUGCAAACAUCAUAACUUAUAAUACGCUCCUCCGAGGUAUGCUCCGCCGCCGCGGCGCCGCAACCGAAGUCAUCCCCCUCCUCGAAUCCAUGCAUUCCCGCGGCAUAUCCCCAGAUGUUUACACCUUUACCAUCGCCCUCGAUGGUUUGUACAAAGCCGCGCGAUCCCUCCCCAACCCGGACGCCCCCAGCUUCUCGUACAUCCUCGAACUGUUCCGGUACAUGGAGGGCCUAGGGAUCGACGCCAACGUGACGACAUACACGGCGCUCGUCGGCGGCCUCCUGGACACCGGCAACCUCGCGGCGGUGGAUGUGGUGCGGCGCGUGAUGGCGCGCAAGGGCGUCGUUGGCAACGCCGACUUCUACACGGUGCUGAUCAAGUCUGCGUUUCAGCGCUGCGACAUCGGCGCGGCGGACCGCUACGCUGACGAGAUCACGCACCUGCGCGUGCGCCGCGACCACAUAUUCUGGAUGGAGCUCAUCUGGGGAUACGCGCAGUUCGGCGAGACGGUCAAGAUGGCGGCUGCAAUCGAUGCUAUGAAGAGGGAGCCGGUCCGCAUGGUCAUCACGCUCAAGGGUCACGUUACCAUCCUGCGUGCGCUGGAGAGGAGAGGUGAGAGGAUCGUUGCCAAGGGGAUCAUCGAGGACGUCGUUAAGGAGUGGGAGGCGCCGCCGAGACUCCCUGACGCCCCCGAUGCGCCGAGUAAAGUCGAGAUGGAGUUUUGGAGUGUCGUGGCGAAGAUUGGAGGGACUGGGUGGAUGGCGGCGUUGAGAGAGGAGGCGGGGCGCAGGGAGGCGAGGGAUAGAGAGGAGAUUGCGAGGGAUCAUUUGGCGAGGGUCGUGGAUAUUGUGGGGGUUAGGGAGGAGAGGAAUGUAUGA